GAACCGGCCUCGUCAAACACGGAAGUAUUUGGCGCCUAAAAUCGGGAUUGCAGCAUGACUGCUUAUCGAACAUGCUUCAUUUUUAUAUUUUAGUAGCUGUGUUUUACUUUAUUCUCCAUGGAAGCUCACAAGAUGGAGACAACUGCUUUUCACCAGAAUGGUUGGAGUCAGUGCUAAUGUCAAUGAAGAUUGCAAAAACAGGAUUCCACAGAGAUCUCCAGUAUGGUGUUCGAUAUGGCAAAUCACAUCAUAAUGUAAAAGCUUUACUAGUCCAAAAACUGCCAAGCGGAGUCUACAUGGAUGAAUAUCAGCUAGCAACUCUGAGACAGGACACUAGUUUUGAGGUUCUCCUGGAUUCAGAGGUUGAUUUGGAAGCUCCGGAAUAUUUGUCCUCAGGUUUUACCGCGCUCAUUUUUCUUGCUCCAUCAUCUGAGUUUUCUAGAAAACUUGAGGCGACGGUUCCCAUUCAUGGUCGCUAUCACAGACCCUCAAAUUCCAGCCAUAAAUGGGUGAAAGUGGAGAUCGAGUCACCCAAGCUGUUACUUAGAUCUGAUCAAUGCAAGACUCCACCUCCCAGUUUAUAUUAUAAAGUGGUUGACGCCCCCUGUACAUUCAGUAACGUGAGCAUGUGCUUAUGGCUGGAGAUCCAGGGUUUGAAGGAAACGGGACCAGUGAGUUUGGAGAUUCCAGUUGGAGAUUCUUCUCUGACCAUCACAGUUUGUGUUGUCACUGUAUUAGUCACUCUGCUGAGCUGUAUUUACCUUCUCAGAACAAUCUGGAAGCACGGCACAUUUUAACUGAGACAAAAAGACAAAGUAGAUGAAUGUUUAGGGUAUGCAGAGAGUUAUAGAGCGAUGGACACAAAACUCAGGGGGGGCAUUGUGCCCACCCUAAAACUUCUGAUGCCCCCUGACCAACACGAUCAAGGGGGAUCAACCCAAGCGAAAUUAAGAUGCACUCCCCAUCCAACAAAGACAUAAACCCUACAGAUCAAAUUGCAGAUAAGUUUAAAUGUUAAUUUGGAUUUUAUGUUCUGUUUUUUUUUAUAAGCACUGAGACAUGUUAAGGACAACAGUAAAUAAGUAAGUCAACUUGAUUAAUUAUGGUAAAUUUCACCAUAAUUACACCACCAAUCCUUGUGUGAUCCAGAAUUUUCCAUUGAACAUGCAAAGCAAUUUUUUGGAGGAUAUAUAUAUAUAUAUAUAUAUAUAUAUAUAUAUAUAUAUAUAUAUAUAUAGAAGAAUAUAAAAUAUGAUAUGACAGUAGUAAUAUGGUAUUACAUUAAUAUUUAUUACAGCAAUAAAAUGUGCAACUGUAAAUUAAA